AUGGACGAUGUGUCCACACAAUACUCUUCAGCUGCUGGUAUGGUGAAGAUGUCCAGCCUGAGAGGUGGGCCCUUGGCUUGCGGGGUCAAGACUGCCACCACGAAAUUUGAUCUCCCCUCACCCCAGCUGGCUGCUAGAAAUCUGGUGGAAGCAGCAGAGUCUGCACAGCUCUGCUCCAUCAUGUCAAACAUGCACCACAGACGGGCGGGAUGUCCCUUUGGAACAGAGGUUGCAUUUGCGACUGACGGCGCUGGUUGCCCAGUCAUCCAACUAUCACCUCUUGCGAUCCCCACACGCAACAUCUUGGAGAAUUCCUGCUGCUCAUUGGUGGUCAACAUGCAGGGAUGGGCCGGCUUGUCAAAUGCCAGGGUGACGCUCUUUGGAGAUGUUUACCAACUGCCUCCAGGCAUGCACCAAGCUGCCAGGGAGCUUUUCCAACUCCGAAACAAUGGUCAGGAGAAGUACGUGACGGGCAACACCUUGUACUUCAGGAUGCACCACAUCAAGGAUAUCUUUUUUGUUGGCGGCUUUGGGACGGUGCAGUGGAUCGACGUUGCUGACUAUUUGGCCUGCAAACCAGACGAAAUAGUUGUCAACAGCAAUCAGGACAUGAUGCAUUUUCUGAAUGAUAGCUGCAAAGAAGACCUGCAGAAGAUGUUUUCCUCUGAGGGGUCACCAGUCGACGAAGCAGCUGUGAUUGCCAUCGAUGCCUUGGGAGCAGAUGUGCGCAUCAGAUCUGGCUCUGGCUUUGCAGUGUUGAGGGUGGGGUUUGAUGCGAAAGUGACCAGCAUUCAGGAAGCCAUCCAAGCUGUGAAGAGGGCAGUGGUGGAGUCGUCACAGUAA